AUGCGCACAAACACCAUGACCACCACGAUGGCGGCGCAAACCGUUCAGACGACGUCCCUCGAACCGUCCAUGACCGCGAACUACAAACUCACUCAAGAGACCGCGCUCUCCGAUCCCUGUCCAACAUCUUGGUUUUCGAAAUGGCUUUGGCCCUCUCGCGCUGGCCGCCCAGGCCCACCUGUUGAAACUAGCGCGACAGGGAUGCCAAGGCAGCUCCUGUCGUCCGAUGUGGGGAUCCGAUCGGAUGCAUCACACCAACAUGAGCACGACCGUCACGAGAAUCCGUUCCCAUGCCGCGCGUGCCAGGCGUGGGGGGUGCAGUGUGAUCGUCAGACACCGCGGUGCGCUCACUGCUUGGACCAGCAAAUCUUGUGCUUCUACGUUGAGCCUCUGCGCGUUACGAUGAAACGAGCGAGGAAGUCGAAAGAUUUGCCUGCCGCUCCGCCCCGCGAUUUGGUGGCGCCAUAG